GCAAGUGGAAGGCAAGUCACUUGUGAUAAACCUCUGCGAUUUCUGAGCAAUUUUUAAGGAUUUUCAAUGGCUUUUUGUCCAAAAACUUUCAACCAGAGUGGAUCAUGGAUUGGGGCUGAACCCCAGUCUGAGCACCCAUAUAAAUAUGUGCGGGCAACUAAGUUUUCUUGCAGCAAGUACUGGAAGGAGUACCAAAAGGAGCUAGCUGCUUCCCAUGAGCAGCAGUACCAUGGUGUGACCAACCUGCCAACCACAGCACCUCAGACGCUGAGAUUUGUGGGCAACUUGAUCCAUUCUCCAUCCACCAGUGUCAGAGGUAGCCAGUUGGCCUCCACCGGACCUGUGGUGACUCCAGUGAGGAAGGAGGAGAUGUCCUUUGUGGGGACCUCCACUCAUCCUCCACAUCUCACCUGGGACCAGCUAGCCACACUGCUGAGCCAUAAGCAGGCCCCUCUCUCUGGGAAUGGAUCCAGUGUUGGGGUGCCCUUCACCCAGAACAGUCUGACCAACCCCACCAUGCUCCAAGCUAGCAACCAUGGGAUUGUGCACCAUGCUGGUCAACCUACUGCCGUAAGUGUCCAGACUCCAGCCCCACGGCAUUACCUUCAUUCUUCCCCUGCUACUUGUCAGAGGCAGGACCCCGGUCUUCCCAACGUGGCCUCAACCUGCCUGAGUAGCAUGAAGAACCUCUCCCCCGUGGCCUCAACCUGCCUGAGUAGCAUGAAGAACCUCUCCCCCGUGGCCUCAACCUGCCUGUGUAGCAUGAAGAACCUCUCCCCCACGCCUGAUGGUAGGGCCGCACUGCUGAGCCAGCUCGGACCCCUAAUCUCAGUGAACCUCUCCACUGGGGCCUUUGGUGGAGCCCCAACUCAUCCUCAGACCUCUUGCUGUCACUGCACCAGAGAAGACCUGCUGACCUCUGGCUGUCACUGCACCAGAGAAGACCUGCUGAAGAUGAUUGAGCCAGUCAGCAAGCUGCCCAGUGAACUAGACCAAUAG